AUGAAGCCUGCCACGUCACCGCUCGAUAGACGAAGAAUUGUUCAGGAUAUUUCGCGAGUGACGCGAGAUCCUCCGCACGGCGUUCAGGCCUCGCCCUUCGCGGACAGCAUGAUGCACUGCCAUGCGAUUAUCCACGGGCCUGAAGACACGAUCUGGGAGUGCGGCACGUUCCACCUGAUCAUUAGUUUCACGGAGGAUUAUCCCGCGUUUCCGCCGAAAGUGCGUUUCCUGUCGCGGCUUUUCCAUCCGAACGUCUACGUGGAUGGGCGGAUCUGCAUCGACAUCUUGCAGAAUCAGUGGAGUGCGAUGUACGAUAUCGCCGCGGUGCUGACCAGCAUUCAGAGUCUCCUCAGCGACCCGAAUCCGCACUCGCCCGCGAAUCCGCAAGCUGCCAAAGUCUUUGUCGAAAACAGAGAAGAAUACGACCGGCUGGUCUUGCAAUGCGUGGAAGACAGCUGGUCAGUGCCGACGCUGCCCGAAGGCAUUCUGAAUGGUGACCGAUGA